GCGAAAUCUUUCCGUAGUACGCGGUACGCGUGACAGAGGAAUUGACAGUUUGGUAAACUGAAAACAAGAAGGCUUUACACACGUCUGUAAUCCACGAUGAGUGACUACAAGAUACCGAUAAUCGAGCCGACAAUAGAUUACACAAAGGUACCGCCAAUCAACCAAAAACGAACGGUCUCUUUUAUAAAUCAUUUUAUUACUCAUACCGUUACGUUUUUAAAUAAAUUUGCCCUAUGCUGCGAGGAGAGACUAUUCGAGUUUGAAAAUAAGUUGCAAAAGUUAGAAGCGUCGUUAGAGAUACUAGAAUCGCGGUUAUCUUCUAUACCUGGUUUAGAACAAGAACAUCAUAAAGAAUCAGAUAGUUUUAAUGAGAAUGAUAAGAGUAAGUUAGAGGAAGUAGAAGUACACAAAGUGGAUGAGCCUGAUAACAGUGAAGUAAAACCUAAAGCCGAAGAGACAAAAGUACAGUCUGCAGCUAAAGAUCCUCGCUAUGAAAAGUACUUUAAAAUGUUACAUGUUGGUGUACCAAAAGAAGGCGUUAAAUUAAAGAUGAAGCAGGAAGGAUUGGAUACCUCCAUAUUGGACAUUCCAUAACAGAUAGUUCCUAUACUACAGUCAUUGGAUAACAGGAAGAAUCAAGAUGAAUAAGAAUUAAGAAGUUAGUGCUGCUCGUUUAGACAUUUUCACAUUAUAGAACACAAACCAUCCAAAUAAAGAUGUGUAAAAAUC